GGUGGGUGAUUGGAAUUGGAACCAUAGCCUUAAAUAGAGGCCUCUCUCCCUCCUGCCUCUUACUUUUUCUAUCAAGCAACACACAACUGAUUGAGACAUGUCUAAGCUAGAGAAGGCCAUCGUGUCUUUGGUGGAGGUGUAUGAGGAGUACGCCCAGAAGGACGAUCAGAAGUUCCAGCUGAGCCAGAAGGAGCUCGGCGAGCUGUUGCAGACGGAGCUGAGUAGCCCUGAGUUCCAGGGAAAGAUUGACCCAGAGGAUAUUCAGGAAGCCAUGAGUAAGCUGGACAAGAACCACGACGGCGAGGUGAACUUCGGCGAGUUCGCCCGGAUGGUGGGCGUUCUGGCACGCGGCCUGUUCCGUGCCAAGAGGGGCAAGGGAAAGAAGAAGUGAACACUGAGAUGAGUGAACACAAAGGUGUACAUAUUCUGAGAUUGUAUCUUAUGAUGAACAUCAAACCUCUUUUGAGAGAUGGAAAAUGUAUGUAAUUUGUAAUGUACGAUACAAAACGUUUGUUUUUGUUAAUAAA